GAACAACUUGUGUGUUUUGUGCUUUUACUGACUUGAUUUCUUCUUUCUUCCCUCCUCUCCUCCCUGGCACUCGCUGUGAAAUCGUCUCGUCAGGGAUGCGCUGUUGUUGAAUUCAAGAUGGAAGAAAGCAUGAAAAAGGCUGCAGAGGUUUUGAACAAGCAUAGUCUUGGUGGAAGACCAUUGAAAGUGAAAGAAGUAAGAUGUGCAUCUGUUCUUUCAGAUCCUGAUGGUGAGCAUGCCAGGAGAGCGAUGCAGAAGGUCAUGGCAGCAGCUGGUGGAAUGGGGAUUGGUCCAGGCCCGGGUGGGCCCGGCAUGAUCAAUAUCCCACCCAGUAUACUCAACAAUCCCAACAUACCCAACGAGAUCAUUCAUGCCUUGCAGGCAGGGAGGCUGGGAAGCACUGUCUUUGUUGCAAAUUUGGAUUACAAGGUUGGCUGGAAGAAGCUGAAGGAGGUUUUCAGCAUGGCUGGUGUCGUGGUUCGGGCAGACAUACUGGAAGACAAAGACGGCAAGAGCCGUGGGAUCGGCACUGUCACUUUUGAGCAAGCUAUAGAGGCUGUUCAAGCUAUAUCGAUGUUCAAUGGCCAACUGCUGUUUGACAGACCGAUGCAUGUAAAAAUGGAUGAACGAGCCUUUCCCAAAGGAGAUUUCUUCCCUCCAGAGCGACCCCAACAGCUUCCUCAUGGUCUUGGUGGUAUUGGCAUGGGAUUAGGACCUGGAGGUCAACCUAUUGAUGCAAAUCAUUUAAACAAAGGCAUGGGAAUGGGCAACAUGGGACCUGGAGGAAUGGGAAUGGAAGGCAUGGGCUUUGGAAUGAAUAAAAUGGGAGGAAUGGAAGGUCCUUUUGGUGGCAUGGAAAACAUUGGUCGCUUCCCAGCUGGGAUGAACAUGGGCAGGAUGAGUGAGAUGGAUCGUGCCAUGGGUGGAGGAUUUGAAAGAGAAUUUGGAAGAAAUGAAAUGGGAAUGUCUCGUAGUUUUGGAGAGACCUUGGAGAGGGGAAUAGGUGGUGGAAAUGCCAGCAUUCCUGGGAUUGAGAGGAUGGCACCUGGCAUUGAUCGGAUGGGCUCGGGAAUAGAAAGAAUACCCUCUGGGAUGGGGCACGGGAUGGAGAGAGUGGGGACAGAGAUUGACAGGAUGGGGCUUGUUUUGGAUCGUAUGAGCUCCAACGUGGAGAGGAUGGGUUCAGGAAUUGACAGAAUGGCCCCUCUGGGCAUAGAUCACAUUGCUCCUAACCUCGAGAGGAUGGGCCCAGCUAUUGAGAGGAUGGGCUCUGGUAUAGAGAGGAUGGGCUCUGGCAUAGGCUUUGGUAUCGAGAGGAUGGGCGCUGCCAUCGACCGCGUUGGCACCACCAUGGACAGAAUGGGCUCGGGUGUAGAACGGAUGGGGUCUGGCAUGGAGAGAAUGGGGAUAGGCAUGGAGAGGAUGGUCCCUGCUGGAAUGGGCACUGGAAUGGGCCAGGUGAUAGAGAGGAUGCCAGCUGGUUUGGAUCGCAUAGGUGCCACCCCCAUGGAGAGGAUAGGCAUCGACCGCAUGGGUGCUGCUGGCAUGGAGAGGAUGGGCUUGGAGCGCAUCGGAGCCACUAACAUGGAGAGGAUGGGCCCUGCCAUGGGGCAGGGCAUGGGAGCAGGAAUAGAGCGCAUGGGACUUGCCAUGGGAAGCAAUUUUGAAAGAACGAUGGACAUGGAACGUGGAAACUUUGCAGGCAAUUUUGCAGGCUCCCUUGGAGGAACUGGAGGACCUGCAGCUGGGGUGGCUAGAAAAGCCUGUCAGAUAUUUGUGAGAAAUCUGCCUUUUGAUUUCACAUGGAAAAUGCUGAAAGAUAAAUUUAAUGAAUGUGGGCACGUGCUGUAUGCUGACAUCAAGAUGGAGAACGGGAAGUCUAAAGGCUGUGGCGUGGUGAGGUUCGAGUCCCCCGAGGUGGCUGAGCGAGCCUGCCGCAUGAUGAACGGGAUCCAGCUGCGGGGCAGGGAGAUCGACGUGCGAAUCGAUAGAAAUGCUUAAGCAGAGUUGCCUUUUUAACCCUUGACACCAGGUUUUUUGGGAUUUGUAUUUUUUUUCCCCCCCCCCUGUUAAACCAUUUUAAUUUUGACUGGAUGUAAAGGUGUUUAAAAACCCACCCACAACCCAAGCCAAGCACCAGCCGAGCGCCCCGAUUCAGUUGCUUCCUGGAGUAAUUUUAAUUCCUUUUUUUAACAAAUGGAUUUCCAUUUUACUGGUUUUUUGCAUUGGAACUGCAAUGUGCACAAUCUUUUUUUGUAGUUUGUGGCAUCUUGUUGACAUUACAGAUGUAAACAGUUCGACUUUGAUAAUAAAUGCGAGUUAAAGAUUUGAA